AUGAAAGAUCAACUACCGAUUGCGGACGAAGACGAGCAUAAUUCGUCGGAGGCAGCGUGGUGUUGGUGGAGAUCGGCGGCAAAGUUCGAGGAACUGGCAAAGUUCAAGUUGGAGAUGCCGAACCUGUCAAAGAUCACACCCAGAAUCAAAGUUCUCAGAGAAAUGGAGCGGCUGGCCUUGAUUGCACCCGAAGGUCUCGACGAGCUUCGGCACAAGCUUCUCGCGUACCGUUCUGGGGAUUUCUGGAUGCCCACCGGGGGAAUUAGGAAGGAAGAGAUGGACAUUCCUCCGGUUGUCACUUUACUGUUAGUAGGUUUCCAUAAUUCUGGCAAGAGCUCGCUCGUGAACUUGAUGUACAGUGUCCUUGGACGGUCUGGACUCAUCCCCUUCGCCCAAACAUCUUCAGAAGACUUUAUUUUUGGAGGAGCACAAUGUGUUGAGGUCGAUGCGAAGUGGAUUUUGUGUGUACGACACGAGGGGUUUGAGUAUGAUCGAGUUGAUGAGAGUCUUGAAGAGUUGUCAGAAUGGAUAACUGAUGGAGUUCACCAUAACCAGCUCUGCUUGAGAUCAGGGGACCGUUUGUCAUCGAGUAAAGAUGAAUUGGGGAUUAAUUUCUUAAGAUCUUCUUCGCAGUUUGCAAAUCGAAGGGUGAAUUAUGUUAUGGUGGUGGCGAAUGUUGCAGAGAUCUAUAAAGCUCUAAAAGCAAGUGACAGCAAUCCACUGGAGGCCUUGAGACAGCUCUUCUGUUCACCGGCAUUGCGGAAACGCAAUGAGGACCCUAUCUUGAUACUGACUCAUGGUGACAAGUUAUCAAUGGAGGACCGAAUCGAUGGGCGGUUGAAAAUUUGUGAAUAUCUGGGUAUAAUGGAGACUACUGGAGUUUAUGACAUUGUUUGCAUUACAGAGUAUGGACUCCUUGCAGAGGAAUUCGAUCCCAUUUCAGCUUAUGCUCUAACUGAAGCGGUUUACAGGGCAUUGCUCAUGUCUGACAGGAGUCAUCUUCCAAAGAGAAGGAUUUGGGACUGGGCUGUGCUUGUGUUGUCUUUUUUUAUGUGCUGCUUGGGUGCUUUCUUUGCUUUCCUUGCUCACUUUUUCAACAAGCUUGGCCAGAGGGAUAAACUGAAACUGUGA